AUGUGCAAAGUUAUCAGCAAAUCUGAUAGUGUUUUUUGGUUUUGUGAUGCCUGCAAAGGGUCAGUGAAGGAAAAGCUACACGGAGUGCAAAGUGUUAGCUCUCCCAGUAUAUGCAAGGAAAUCGCCACUGAUGUCGACCUAAUUAUUUGCAAAAAGGAGCUGGAGUACAUUUCCCGUGAGAAACAUCUUCAAAAAAUCGUUGAUGAAUUUGAGUUUACCAAUAAUUUGCUGAAAUCCAAGGUAAGCGACCUUGAACGUCAACUGGUUUCUCUCAGUGGUGCUCCUGCAAAAAAUCACCUGUUUUCGAACAACAUCGAAACCAAAAAUACACCCAGCUAUAGCAGUGUUUUGAAAAAACCUGCCGUCAGUGACUCAUCUGUUCUCCUUAUUGAGUCCAAGGAUGGUGUUUCUAAUAAUGAUGUGAUGAAAUCGCUCACUGCCUCUAUCAACCCUGCCAACCUCAAAAUCUGCAUCGACAAGACUAAACUAAUAAAGAAUGGGGCUGCUGUGUACUGCAGAACUGAAAGCGAUCGUAUGAAAUUGGAAGAAGCAUUAAAAACCAGUUUAGAGUCCAAAUAUCACAUCAUCCCUCGAAAAAACUGA